CUAUAUAGCCUCGCCAUCUCCUCGCGCCGCCGCCGCCCCUCAAAUCGCAUCGAGUUCGCGAGCCGCCGUUCACCAGAAAGGAAGCGCUCGGAGAAGAAGAAGAAGAUGGGUCACGACAACGUGUGGAACUCCCACCCCAAGAACUACGGCCCCGGCUCCCGCGUCUGCCGGGUCUGUGGCAACUCUCAUGGUCUGAUCAGGAAGUACGGCCUCAUGUGCUGCAGGCAGUGCUUCCGCAGCAACGCCAAGGACAUUGGCUUCAUCAAGUACCGUUGAAGACUCUUCUUGUCUGACUGAGAUCUGUACCUGCAUCAGAGGAAUGGAUCCUUCAGUGAAGGCUUAAUUUAUAUGCUUUAGCUUUUUGUUCAGAGUACUAUGCUAGUAAGCUUGUUGAAGUUUUGGUGAGAACCAUGUGGCUGUUAAAGUGACUAUGUGAUCAAAAUUGAAGUAAUUUCUUGUAUUCGA